ACGUGAUAACAAGGAAUGUGUUACAGCCAGACCGCUUCCUCAGACUCAGUUAAAGAGAACCACACACUAACCACCAGAUCUCCAACAUGGAGGCCGGCCAAAGACAACCACAGUAGGGAAUACAGCCAGCUUCUCCUCUUAGAUUUCAGACGAAGAGCGAGGAGGAGGAGGAGGCCGCAAGGUGAGGACAUGAGUGCAGUGGAGGUGAGGCAGUCGCCGGGGUCCCUGACCCUGCCCCUGUCCAGCGGCGACCACAAGGAGCGCUACCUGGACCACCUGGACGAGAGGACCAUGUCGCCGGACCUGAGGCAGGACUUCAACAUGAUGGAGCAGAAGAAGAGGGUCACGCAGAUCCUGCAGAGUCCAGUGUUUAAGGAUGAGUUGGAAGGCCUGAUCCAGGACCAGAUGACGAAAGGCAACCACCCCACAGGUCUCCUGGCUCUGAGACAAAUUGCCGACCUCGUCAUGGCCAGCACCUUGGGGGGGGCGGGCCCUUUGACUUCGCCCAUGAGCUAUGGGAUGGUGAGUCCCGUCAACGACUUGUACGGCAUCGAGUCUCCCACGUUUGCUAAAGGGGAGAAACUGGGUCGCUGCAGGCUGGCCAGCCUCUACAGGCUUGUUGACCUCUUCAGCUGGGCUCGUUUUACAAGCUCCUACAUUACCGUGCGUGUCAGUACAGAACAGGACCAUGUUCUUAUUAGUCCACGGGGUCUGUCUUUCGCUGAGGUGACGGCAGCAAAUUUGGUGAAAGUGAACAUAAUCGGUGAAGUGGUGGACCAGGGUUCUACCGAUCUGGCGAUUGACCAUUUUGGAUUUGCGCCUCAUGCUGCCAUUUACUCCAUGCGACCGGACGUGAGAUGCAUCAUCCACAUACACUCUCCUGCUACAGCUGCUGUGUCCUCGAUGAAAUGUGGAAUCCUGCCCAUUUCCCAGGAGGCUUUGCUUCUGGGAGACGUGAGCUGCUUUGGUUACCAUGGCAGCCUGGAUAAUAAAGAGGAGAAGGUGGAGUUUCAGAAAGCUCUGGGCCCGACUGCCAAGGUGAUGAUCCUGAGGAACCACGGGCUGCUUGCUUUGGGAGAAACAGUAGAAGAAGCUUUUCACUACGUGUACCACUCACAGCAAGCCUGUGAAAUCCAGGUGAGUGCGUUGGGGUGUUCCGGCGGCGUGGACAACCUUGUGCUGCUGGACCGGGACAAGUUCAAACCCCUGACCCAGAGAGUGGCCGCUGCCGGGGUUGUGAUGGACAGUGAGGUCAAGUGGAAAGUGGGCGAGGCCGAGUUUGAGUCCCUCAUGAGGAUGCUGGACAACCUGGGAUACAGAACAGGCCACUCUUACAAAAACCCCAUAGUCCGUGAAAAGCCCCGCUCCAAGAACGACGUGGAGAUCCCUGCCACAGUGUCUGCUGUGUCCCCGGAGGACAGCGAGCUGGGUCUGCGCAGCCCCUUCAAGUUUAUGGUGCAGAAACAGCAGAGAGAACGGACUCGUUGGCUCAACUCACCAAACAGCUACUUGAGAGUCAGUGUUCCUGAACAGUCACCCAGCGGGGACGUCAGCCCCAGGACUAAAACCAUGUGGAUGAAGUCUUCACAGCCAGGCAACAGCAUGGGCACCCCGAUAAAGAUUGAGGACCCCAACCAGUUUGUCCCACUCAACACUAAUCCCACAGAGGUUCUGGAUAAGAGGAACCGGAUAAAAGAACAGCACAGAGGGGACCAGAUGACCUCCGGACCAAAGUCUCAGUUACUAUCAGGCAUCGUGGUGGACACAAUCCCAGGACCAGCCUUCAUCAUUGAGGAUGAGGAGCACACCCGCUCUCUGCCCCCCAACCCCUUCAGUGAUCUGUCAGAGAAGGUGCUGGAGGAGUACAAGAACAUGGUGGAGAGAAAGCAGCAAGGACAAGAAGGUACUCAUCCCUUUUCUUUACACUCGACAGAGGUCAAACUGUUUCUUCUCCACUACAAAGCCUAUCAAGGCACCGCUGCUCUGUAG